AUGCUAUCGCUAAAGAAAUCAACGCUCUCCAAGUUGACUUUGCUUAGGAGCACGAGGACAUUUGCAUCGUCAGCUCUGGUACGCCAAACACAGGGCUCUGUAAAUGGUUCUGCAUCUAGUUCUGCGGACGGGAAGUACCACAUAAUAGAUCAUGAGUAUGAUUGUGUGGUAAUUGGUGCCGGUGGUGCCGGUCUUAGAGCCGCGUUUGGUCUUGCUGAGGCGGGCUACAAGACUGCCUGUAUAUCCAAGCUUUUUCCUACUAGGUCUCAUACUGUCGCUGCUCAAGGUGGUAUUAAUGCCGCGCUGGGAAAUAUGCACAAGGACAACUGGAAAUGGCAUAUGUACGAUACUGUGAAGGGAUCCGACUGGCUUGGUGACCAGGACUCUAUUCAUUACAUGACUAGGGAGGCACCUAAAUCGAUCAUCGAGUUGGAACAUUACGGUGUACCUUUCUCAAGAACUGAAAGCGGCAAAAUUUAUCAAAGGGCAUUUGGUGGUCAGACCAAAGAAUACGGUAAGGGUGCUCAGGCCUAUAGGACUUGCGCUGUCGCGGACAGAACAGGACAUGCUCUUUUGCACACACUUUAUGGCCAAGCUCUAAGACACGACACACAUUUCUUUAUCGAAUACUUUGCCUUAGAUCUAUUGACCCAUAAUGGCGAGGUUGUGGGUGUCAUUGCUUAUAAUCAGGAGGAUGGUACCAUUCACAGAUUCAGAGCCCACAAAACCAUUAUUGCCACUGGUGGCUAUGGUAGAGCAUAUUUCUCUUGUACUUCAGCUCACACAUGUACUGGUGAUGGUAACGCCAUGGUUUCGCGUGCUGGUUUCCCCUUGCAAGAUUUAGAGUUUGUCCAAUUCCAUCCUUCAGGUAUCUAUGGGUCUGGUUGUUUGAUUACAGAAGGUGCCCGUGGUGAAGGUGGCUUUUUAGUUAAUUCUGAGGGUGAAAGAUUUAUGGAGCGUUAUGCUCCCACAGCUAAGGAUUUGGCUUGUAGAGAUGUCGUAUCCAGAGCAAUCACUAUGGAAAUUAGAGAAGGCAGGGGUGUUGGUAAGAAGAAGGACCAUAUGUACUUGCAAUUGAGUCAUUUGCCUCCAGAGGUCUUGAAGGAAAGAUUGCCAGGUAUCUCUGAAACAGCAGCCAUUUUUGCUGGUGUAGACGUUACCAAGGAGCCUAUUCCAAUUAUUCCUACUGUACACUACAAUAUGGGUGGUAUUCCUACGAAGUGGAAUGGUGAAGCCCUAACCAUCGAUGAGGAGACCGGUGAAGAUAAAGUCAUUCCUGGCUUAAUGGCCUGUGGUGAAGCCGCUUGUGUGUCAGUUCACGGUGCUAAUAGAUUAGGUGCUAAUUCGUUAUUGGAUCUUGUUGUGUUUGGCCGUGCUGUUGCACAUACAGUGGCUGACACGCUACAACCUGGGCUACCACAUAAACCUCUGCCUUCCGAUUUGGGUAAAGAAUCCAUCGCUAACUUGGAUAAACUGAGAAACGCUAAUGGUUCAAGAUCUACGGCAGAAAUUAGAAUGAACAUGAAGCAAACAAUGCAAAAGGAUGUUUCAGUUUUCAGAACACAAUCAUCUUUGGAUGAAGGUGUGCGCAACAUCACGGCUGUGGAGAAGACCUUCGCUGAUGUCAAAACUACCGACAGAUCAAUGAUCUGGAAUUCUGACUUAGUAGAAACCUUGGAACUACAAAACUUGUUGACCUGUGCCUCUCAGACUGCAGUUUCCGCUGCCAACAGAAAGGAGUCUCGUGGUGCUCAUGCAAGAGAAGAUUAUCCUAACAGAGAUGAUGAGCAUUGGAUGAAGCACACUUUAUCCUGGCAGAAGGACGUCACUGCUCCAGUGACUUUGAAAUACAGGAAGGUUAUUGAUCACACUUUGGACGAAAAGGAGUGUCCUUCAGUGCCUCCAACUGUAAGAGCCUAUUAG